CAGUACUAAACUAAUUAAAUCUAUUAAAUAAAUUUAAUUUAGUGAACUAAUAUAACAAUGAAGUACUUUGGUAUUAUAGCUGUAUUCACCCUGGUGGUUAUUAAUGUAUCUGUGGCAGCAGGAUGGGGAUAUCGGGCCUCCGACCAGAGACGUUGGGCGGUACUGCACCCUGCUUGUGGUGGCCGUCAGCAAUCUCCCAUAGCGAUUUCAGCACGUCAAGCAAUUCCUAUCUCAAUUCCAGCGAUCGAACUCAUUGGAUACCAGAACCCUCUUCCUGGACCUUUAACGAUCACUAAUACGGGACAUUCAGUGGCACUGACAAUCCCCAAGUACACUUCGGAGGAGGAGAAGAAAGGAUUCCGUCUACCUUACAUCUUUGGAGGUCCCCUAGACAACGAGUAUGAGAUCGACGGUCUGCAUUUCCACUGGGGUGACAAGAACAACAGAGGAUCGGAGCACACAUUGAACGAUAUGCGUCUUCCUUUGGAAAUGCACAUCAUCCAUAGGAAUAAGAAAUACAGAAACACCGCGGAAGCUAUGCAGCACCCUGAUGGCCUAUGUGUGCUCGCGUUCUUCUAUCAGGUUGUGGAAUUCGAUGCCAAGCUCUUAAGUCCUAUCGUGAAGAACCUAACGGCCAUCGAGAACUUCAACUCCACUCUGCAGCUGCCGCACACUUUCUCCCUGUCGUCAAUCCUGUCUGGCUUGGACACCGAGAGGUUCUACACAUACAAAGGAUCAUUGACCACUCCUCCCUGUGCUGAAGCCGUCACAUGGGUGAUCUUUUCUGACUACCUGCCGAUUUCCGUGUUUCAAAUGGAUAAUUUCCGUGGUCUUCUUUCCAAUCUUAAUUUGCCGUUAGUUGAUAACUUCAGGCAGUUACAACCGUUGUUUGGUCGCCGUGUCUUCGUCCGAAUCACAUCAAAGAACCCGAAGUUCAAGAAGACCAAACUCCACUACUCCAAAUGGGACUGGGUUGGACACAAGAAGUCCGAAAAUGAUGUCAUCGACUUCGAUGAAUAAAUAUAUAAGUAUAUCCAAUAACAACUGAUAAAUAAUACGGUACGGGUGUAACGCGUUUAAAAUACCAAUGAUACCAAAUAGUAUUCGUUACUAAUUAUUUUUAUUAUGUGUGCACUGUAUAUUUGCGUGUAAUGUAAGUAAUAUAGUGUGUAAGU